GCGUCUGCGCAAACAGCUUAGAUCGCAGAGUUGGGUGCAGUCACUACCAGAGAAGGAAACGGAGUUUCCGGCUAUUUGCAUCGAAGAGAGUGUAUUGCUGACAGCGCGAAACCCCGAAAAAAGCCGCCGGCUUGGGGGCUUACGAUUGGGCAUAGUUGUAUCAUUUUUAUUCAUAUCGGGGAUAGGGCAGGUGAAUUACGAGCCAAGGGUUCGGACAGCAAGUCGUGAGGAAGAGCAGUGAAACGGCAUAAGGCGGGGGUGACCCACCAACUACCGGCAUGGCCAGGGACUACGAUUACCUCUUUAAGCUGCUCAUCAUCGGUGACAGUGGCGUAGGGAAGAGCAGUCUCCUUCUGCGGUUUGCAGACAAUACGUUUUCGGGAAGUUACAUCACCACGAUCGGGGUGGAUUUUAAGAUCCGGACGGUAGAGAUCAACGGAGAGAAGGUGAAGCUACAAAUCUGGGAUACGGCAGGACAGGAGCGUUUCCGCACCAUUACCUCCACGUAUUACAGAGGAACGCACGGCGUCAUCGUGGUGUACGACGUCACGAGUGCCGAGUCCUUCGUCAACGUGAAGCGAUGGCUCCACGAAAUCAACCAGAACUGCGACGACGUCUGUCGAAUAUUAGUGGGGAACAAGAACGAUGACCCCAACUCCAAGGUGGUGGAGACGACCGACGCGCAGAAGUUUGCCGAGCAGAUGGGCAUCAACCUGUUUGAGACGAGCGCAAAGGAAAACAUCAACGUGGAGGAGAUGUUCAACUGCAUCACGGAGCUGGUGUUGAGAGCUAAGAAGGAGGUGAUGGCUAAGCAGCAGCAGCAGCAACAGAACGACGUGGUCAAACUCACCAAGAACAGUAAACGAAAGAAGAAGUGCUGCUAACGAACUCCUGUCGCUCACAAAGACGGAACGCGUCUGCUCCAGAAAACACACACACACAGGAUGGACUCCCAAGCACCUAAAUUAAAAGAUGAGAUAACGAUUUAAUAGAUAUACCAUGCAAACAAAAAAGAAUUGAGGAAGACAAAAAAAAAAAGAGUCCCCUUUGGACAAACAAAUCAUGAAGACUUUAAGAAAAUGUACAGAUUUUAUUAGAAGUCAGAUCAAGUUUUAUUUGGAAUUCAGCAGAUGGGCGAUAUUUAAAAAAAAAAAAAAAGGUUCUCGUUUCAUGAAGGACCUGCAAGCUCGACACUGAUCGCCAUGUUGCUCAGAUUUCUAUAUGCAUAAACAAAUACUCGUACAUCAGUAUCUAUUUUCUCCUUCUCAUUCCACUUCUCACUGGACAUUACAAGUCAAGUAAAACUGCACCUGAAGAAGAGUCACUGUUGGAUAGCUUUCCUUUUCUUUUUUGUCAGUGGGGAAGGGUGGGGGGGAUGGAGUGGUAGGGUGGAGUCUGAGGGUGGGGUAAGUUGUGGGAGGCGUCAGAGGGAGAAGCUGGAUCCGGAGAUGGGGGGGGGGGGGGGGGGGGAGGAGAGUUCACCACAUUUUUGUGUUUUAUCUCCAUUUGAUUUUUGUGACUUUUCAAACCUGAAUUUGCCGUGGCUCAUGCCAACAGAUCAUGAACUUCUAGUUUAAAUUGUUUUUGUUUGUUUUACUGUUGACUUGAUGAGAAAAAAUCAUGUGGAUGAUUGAAAGGUGACCUUUAGCAACCAAUCCAAUGGACUGAACUGGUGAUGUCAUAUUUUUGUUUCUGUUUUCUAUAUUUUUGCCAAGCUUUUUCCCCCCCCCCUCUCUCCUGUCUUCUAACCUCUGUUUGUUAGUGUUAAUGAGCCAGCAACCUUUCUGUCUUUCCAUUGAUGGUCAGAGCAGUGAACCACUCCCUGAGCCUGGGACAGCAAGCCUGACCGUCUCUGUUCACUUGAGUCUUACCCUGCUUUGAGUUUUGCUUUUAGACUCUCCUUUCAACACUUAAAGAAAACAACCCAACCAAACAAACACAACGAUACUGCCAACACGAUAGAGUCAGACGCUGUGUGGCUCUCCCUGUUCCAUUGUUGCCAUAGUGACCCUUCUGGCGUGGCGGUACGGCGGGGUCAGGGUUAGAGGGCGGGGGUCUCCACAGCAACCCCUCCCCCCCUCUCUCUUUCUCUCUUCCGUUGCUCUCUCUCCCUCCUCUCCUAUGCACCCAUCAUCACCCCCCACAUAUCAGCACCUCUCAUAGCUGUGGACUCCCCUUCACCUUCGGUCGCUUUGCACGGCGCUUUUCUACGACGAUUGACUGUGUCAUCGGCGCCAGGCUCCUUUGACGUGUGCCUGAGGGGGAAACCUGGAGGGGGGAACCUGGAGGGGGGAACCUGGAGGGGGGAACCUGGAGGGGGGAACCUGGAGGGGGGAACCUGGAGGCAAACGCAGCCAGGGCAGUAAUCCUCGUCCAUAGCAAACUGGGGGUCACCUUGUGUGUCAUUUCAGCACGUAACACUUUGUUCCAUGGGGUAUUGUGAGCUAACGCCUGACCCCCCCCCCCCCCCCCCCCCCGUCAGCCUUUCGAAGACCUCUGAGGAGUCUGCUUGCAACUGUUGACAAAAUGUUUACGUCUGCUUGUCACGUUUCUAUCUAUGACUCGUCAAAGCCGUGUGGUAGGGGGGGGGUUUUGUCCAGUGUUCUGCUUGACGUGUGUGUGUGUGUGUGUGUGUGUGGCAGGGGUACUAGCUCCUUCCUGACGGCCUGGGAGGGAGGGGUUGUCUGGUGACGUGGCCAACAUUGGGAGGGCCUCCUCCCCAGGGCCUCCUCCCCAGGGCCUCCUCCCCAGGGCCUCCUCCCCAGGGCCCUCCCCCUCUCCUCCUGGACAGCCAGCCUCGGGUGAAGGGUUACGGCCCGCCACGGAACGUUGCCAUGUAGAAUACCGACCGCCGUCGCUAGGGAGAAUCAAGCAACUCUUCAAAACCGCAUUUGACGAGUUAACAAGGUUUUUUUUUUUACGUUUUUUUUUUUUUUACAUCUCGAGCGUCCUGAGCCUCUAACGAGAGGCUCGGUAUGGGGUGGACACGCCCCCGUAUGGGGUGGACACGCCCCCGAGGAGAGUUGAGAGGGUUCUGUGUGUUCCUCACCGCCACGUCAGGGUACACCAAGUACCGUGGCGCCCCAACCAGAGAGCAGAGACCCUGGACAAAUGGUCCCCAAUCUCAAACUAUGACUUCUACUCUUUAUGUGUAUGUAUAUAUAAAUAUAUUUGUGUGUUUAUAUUCAAUAUAUAGAACAUACACACAUCUUGGCACACAUCAUCGUGCAUGUAUUGACAUGCCCUGUGUUGCUAGGGUUGAAACACACUUAUCAGCUGGGGUUUGCUGCACACUGGAGAAAAGAGAUGUACUCUUCAUUUUCCCUACAUGAAUUUAAUCAAUAAUAAACGUUUUAAAAGAAGAAAUGUUUGACACAA